AUAUGGCGCGAAUUUUUUUUUUUCUUCCCGGAAACCGGGCUUUUAUUUCGGUGUAUAAACAUGUCGGAGUUCAAUAAAAAGUCAACAGAAGAUAUGCUUAAAUAACGCUGGACAAAUGUACAAGCGGCCAUUUUGGAUUUUUGGAAGCGGGGUUAUUUGCUAAACUGGUCCAUUCUACUUCGGCUUAGCUAAUAUUAGCUACAUUUUCUCGCUCGUCUUUAACUCUGCAUAUGUUAUAAUGGCGGACGCGCUUUCGGAGGCCAGCGACCUGAGCGGAGGAGAGGAGAGCCAGGAGGAGGACGUGUUGACCCCUGCCGAGCUCAUCGCCAGGCUGGAGGAGGCCUGGCUUAACGAGAAGUUCUCUCCCGAGCUUCUGGAGAACAAAUCCGAGCUGGUAGAGUGUGUGAUGGAGCAACUCACACACAUGGAAGAGAACCUGCAGCGUGUGAGGAAGGGCGACCUGAAGGCCAGCGUCCAUCGCAUGGAGAUCGACCGCAUCCGCUUCGUCCUCAGCAGCUACCUCCGCUCCCGACUGCAGAAGAUUGAGAAGUUUUUCCCUCACGUGUUGGAGAAGGAGAAAUCGCGGGCCGAUGGCGAUCCCUCGUUUCUCUCUCCCGAGGAGUUCGCCUUUGCCAAAGAGUACCUGGCGAAUACAGAAGUCUACCUGAAGGCCGUGGCGCUGAAACACAUGCCUCCUAACCUGCAGAGCGUCGACAUGCUGAAAGCAGUUCCAGAGCCGUGUCUGGACUCCUUUGUGUUCCUGCGUGUGAAGGAGAGGCAGGAGAACAUCCUCGUGGAACCCGAGACUGAUGAACAGAGGGAGUAUGUGGUGGACCUAGAGGAAGGCUCGCAGCACUUGAUGCGUUAUCGCACUAUAGCGCCUCUAGUGGCCAGUGGUGCAGUGCAGCUGAUCUAGCACUAGGCAAUAAAAUGGACAGAGAGACUGACGACGACGAUGAUGAUGGACUAUGUAUUAUUCUGUAUUUCAUAUGAAUUUCUAUUAUUAUUAUUAUUAUUAUUAUUAUUAUUAUUAUUAAGAAAAUUAUCUUUUAAAAAAAAAAAUACAAGCUUCCUGUUAGAGA